AUGGGGAAUCAAAAUAGGAAUGACCCUUAUUCUAAUUCCUACAACCCAUCAUGGAGGCAACAUCCCAACUUCUCGUGGAGUAAUCAAGGGGCUAGCCCUAGCAAUUCUUCUAUGCCUCCAAGACAAGAUUUCCCACUGUGUUAUCCCCCACAAGCACCACAACAAAGGCCACAACAACAAGCAAUGCAAUCUAGCUCUCUUGAGAACAUGUUGAAGGAGUAUAUAGUGAAGAAUGAAGACAUGAUCCAAAGCCAAGCUGCAUCAUUGAGAAACUUAGCAAACCAAGAUGUGAAACUAGCUAAUGAGCAUAGAAAUAGACCCCAUGGUUCGUUGCCAAGUGACACCGAGAAUCCCAUAAAUGGGGGCAAGGAACAUUGUAAAUUCGUCACUUUGAGGAGUGGGAAAGAGUUGGAGAAUUCCAAGACGAAUUCUGGACAUGAGGAUAUGUUGAAGCAGCUGCAUAUCAACAUCCCACUUGUAGAGGCACUUGAGCAAAUGCCUAACUAUGUGAAAUUCAUGAAAGAUAUUCUUACAAGGAAGAGAAGGUUAGGAGAAUUUGAGGCAGUGGCUCUUACCAAGGAAUGUAAGCUCAUUAUUGCAAAACAAGCUGCCACUGAAGAUGAAAGAUCCUGGGAGUUUCACCAUUCCAUGCACCAUUGUAUAAAUUUGAUGCCUAUGUCUGUGUAUAGACAAUUGGGGAUUGGUGAAGUCCGACCUACCACAGUGACUCUACAGCUUGCAGAUAGAUCUCUUGCUUAUCCAGAUGGGAAGAUUGAGGAUGUCUUGGUAAAAGUUGAUAAGUUCAUUUUUCCAGCUGAUUUCAUUGUGUUGGACUAUGAGGCAGACAGGGAGAUACCAAUCAUCCUAGGGAGGCAUUUUCUAGCUAUUGGUAGAACUUUAAUUGACGUGCAAAAGGGGGAGCUGACUAUGAGGGUUCAAGAUGAGCAGGUGACUUUCAAUGUUUUCAAGGCUAUGAGAUUUCCAGAUGAGGUUGAAGAGUGUUCUGCUAUUUCAGUGGUAGAUUCUUUGGCAUCGAGGGAGUUUGAGACUAUUAACAUUGAUGAUCCAUUAGAGGUUAUUAUUGCUUGA